AUGUGCAGAGAGAUCAUUUCAGCGCCGCAGAUUUGCGGCAGCUCUAUAAUCCCAGAAGGCCCAUCGGUAUAUUUUUCACCAAUAUGUGGCCGUUAUCUGUUUAUGCUGAUGUUGGAGUCAUACCUUUGGGGCAGAUGCCACAUAUCUACUCCUUCAAAACGAUUGGAGUCGGUAGAACCGACGAGCAGCUAUGACUUCAUCGUAGUGGGUGCUGGAACAGCGGGAUCGAUCGUCGCAGGAAGACUUAGCGAAGAUGGUAAAUAUAAGGUGCUGCUGCUAGAAGCAGGUGGGCCGGAGCCGAUUGCUGCACGCCCGCCAGGAUUUUACAGAUUAUUCUGGAAUUACCCUGGUGUGGAUUGGAAUUACCGGACUCAGCCUGGAAAUUACUGUCUCGAAAAUAAGAAGGAAGGAUGCAUUUGGCCAAGAGGAAAGGUUGUAGGUGGAAGUAGCGUUUUGAACGGUAUGAUAUACCAUAGAGGUCAUGAAGCUGAUUACGAUGCAUGGGUUAAAGCUGCGAAUAGCACAAGUUGGUCUUGGAAGGCCUUGCUACCGUACUUUGACAUGAGUGAGGGCAACAAACAGAUCGGGACCCUCGUUUCCAGUAAAUACCACUCGGCAAAAGGACGUAUGCCUGUGCAACGCUUUAACUAUCAACCGCCGGAAGUAUAUGACCUCUUGAAAAGGCUGGAAGCUAAUGGUUUUGAAAUCAUCGAAGAUAUGAACAACCCACACACCCCAGUCGGUUUCACAAUCGUCCAGGCUUUCACCAAUAACGGACAGCGGUACACGACAGCUCGUGCCUACCUCGCUCCGAGGUCAAUACGACCUAACCUAAGCGUGACGAUGCAUGCCCACGUCACAAGGGUAAUAUUCCGAAAAAAACGAGCAAUUGGCGUAGAGUACUUAGAUGCUAAAGGUUACCGUAAGACCGUAUAUGCUGAUAAAGAGGUCAUUCUUAGUGCAGGUACUUUAAACAGUCCCCAAAUCCUGAUGCUAUCGGGCGUUGGACCAAAAUUUCACCUAGGGAGGUUAAAUAUCUCAAUCCUCGCUGACUUACCUGUCGGUCAGAACUUAAAGAAUCAUAUUGGAGUUACUCUUUACUUAGUGACUAGUCAGGCUAAUACAAGAACCUUGGAUUGGAAUGCCUUAACAGAGUAUUUGCUUACCAAAGGAGGACCUAUGAGUUGUAGUGGAAUAACUCAGGUGACUGGACUUUUGUGCUCAAGCCUUGCUAAGUGGGAACGGAAUCCAGACCUUCAGUUCUUUUUCAACGGCUUUUAUGCGGAGUGCUCUAAAACUGGAGUUAUUGGCGAACCCGCUACGCCAAAUUAUUUGGCUGGCACUAAUAUAUCGGCAAACGCUGUAUCACUACUGCCACGCAGUGUUGGAUACAUGAUCCUGAAUUCUACGAACCCUCUGGACCCGCCACUUUUCUUUCCUAACUAUUUUGACCACCCAGAUGACAUGGUGGUGUUGAAGGAUGGACUUAUGUACUUAAAACAAAUAUUCUUCGGCAAGAACGCUAAAUAUGAGAAACACAAGGUUGAGUUAGACCGAAAAUACACAAAGGUUUGCGACGACACUGCCGAACCCUGGUCUGAUGAGUGGAACGAAUGCAUUAUUCGUGUGUACACUGACCCACAAAACCACAUGGUCGGUACAACAGCCCUUGGCUCGGUUGUUAAUUCAGAACUCCAAGUCUUCCACCUUGAACAUAUUCGCGUGUGUGACGCUGGCUCAAUACCACAGCUGACUACUGGCAACAUCCAAGCCCCCAUAAUGGCACUUGCCGAAAAAUGCGCACAUCUCAUUAAAAAAACUUGGGAAUAA